CGUCGCAAGAAUAUUUCCAUAGAAACUGAUCUCAAACGCGAUUUCUUUUAUAAUAGUAUUCAUUUGAAACAGUAUCAAACAGUAUUAGUAGAAUCCUUUUCCAUUUAAUUUUCUAUUUCGCUUCUUCGUUUUUCUGCAUAGUUUUUAUCAGAUUAAAUUAAAGUUGUAUUAAAGUAUCCAGAAACGAUGUCUUCCGUAAUGCUAGAAAAACUCAGUGACAAAGUAGCAAUGUUCGAUCAAUAUGCAAACAAACACAAAGACAAACAGAAUAAAAAUCCAUUUACUUCCGGUUUAAAUAUCGAAAAACAAAAAUUUUCAAAGGAUGAAUAUGGCAGACCAGUAGCUGGCUCUUUAACAGACAUUCGCGGUAAAAAAGCUGCGGCACAUAUUUUAAAAGAAGUGCUCGAACUUUGCGAGAUCAUUCAUCAAGAAGGCACACCAUGUCGGGACCACCCAGAAAUUAUUGCGAUCACAUUUGGAGAUUUAUUCAAUAUUUAUACCCACAUUAGUAAUAAAUGCGUAGGACUUUUGCUGAGAGCUAGAAAACAGAAAUUCGUGGAUUUCGAAGGAGAAGUUCUAUUUCAGAGACGAGAUGAUGAUGUACCAAUCUAUUUGGUGAAACCUAUCACAGAAAUUCGUGAAAUGUUCAACCAACGAAUAAAGGAAAUUGCAAAAGAGAUGAUAGAUAGUUAACACUUAUUUUCUUCUGAACGAAUAAUUCCACGCUGAAGUAUCUUUAGUCGAACGCAUUACCUUACUCAUAUUUAUUAUACAACCAUAGAAAUAACGCGAAUGAUCAUUUAUAAUUUUUAUUCGAGAUGAAUGUAUGAUAGUGAGUGAAUUUGAAGAAUGAACUGAUGUAAAUCGAUAAAAACAAUCGAAGAAUAAUCGAAAGAACAAAUAUAUAUUCAUGUGAUAUUUCCAUAGAAUUAUUAGAAAUAAAGAUCUUUUUAUAAAAGAA